UAAUUAUUUUUUUCUUUUUUUCUCAAAGAAAAAAAAAAGGAAAAAGAAAAAAACCUAGAAAACUUUUGGAACGGAUUCGAGUUCAUCCGGGGUUAGAGCGGUAAGUAUCCUCAAUGACCAACAAUCGUCCGGCAUUCAAACUUUCGAUCUCCUGAAUAUAUCAUUGAAUUCUUGGUAUUGAUUAUUCAAUUUAGCUGGUUAACCCGUUGCCUUCCACACUGCCUCAGUUCUGAAGUACCUUCAUAACCGGUCAUGGCCGAGAAGAAAAUUAUAGCUAUUUGUCAAUCAGGCGGUGAAUUUGAGACUGGUAGAGAUGGUAUGCUUUCUUACCAUGGAGGAGAUGCUCAUGCUAUUGACGUGGAUGAUAAAAUGAAGUUUAAUGAGUUCAAGGUGGAAAUAGCAGAAAUGUUUAAUUGUGAUGUGGACACUGUAUCAAUUAAAUACUUUCUCCCUGGCAACAGGAAGACUCUCAUUACACUCUCCAAUGACAAGGAUCUAAAGCGUAUGUUAAAGUUUCAUGGAGAUUCUACCACUGUUGAUAUUUUCGUAAUCAUGGAAGAAGUUAUGGCUCCCAACAUCUCAAAUUUGCCUGCCAGUAGGUCAAGCAGAACGACCUUGUCAGAAACAGUGGUACCAGUUGAUGGUACCCCGCUAACUGUUGUCCAUGGUGUAGGGGAUGAUAAUAUUGAGUCCGAUAUCCCACUUGAUGGUGCACUCGAUGUUGUGGAUGACACAAACCCUUUAGUUACCCACAUUGAUAUAGCAGGUGACAUCACACCAAUUCUUCCUCUUCUUGGUUCAAGUGAUGAUAAGAAUGGCAAAGGUGUACAGCAGUGGCAGAAUACCAUUACUGGGGUGGGUCAAAGGUUUAGCAGUGUUCAUGAGUUUCGGGAAUCACUUCGUAAAUAUGCCAUUGCACAUCAAUUUGCAUUCAGGUACAAGAAAAAUGAUAGUCAUCGGGUGACUGUUAAAUGCAAGGCUGAAGGUUGCCCUUGGAGAAUUCAUGCAUCGAGAUUGUCAACCACUCAAUUAAUAUGUAUUAAGAAGAUGAAUCCAACUCAUACAUGUGAAGGAGCAGUUACGACUACAGGCCACCAGGCUACAAGGAGUUGGGUGGCAAGUAUUGUUAAGGAGAAGUUAAAAGUUUUCCCAAAUUACAAACCAAAAGAUAUCGUCCAUGACAUCAAACAGGAAUAUGGAAUACAAUUAAACUACUUUCAGGCCUGGCGUGGGAAAGAAAUAGCAAAGGAGCAGCUUCAGGGUUCAUAUAAAGAAGCAUAUAAUCAGUUACCUUUUUUGUGUGAAAAAAUAAUGGAGACAAAUCCUCGUAGUCUUGCCACCUGCGACACUAAAGAAGACUCGAGUUUUCACCGUCUCUUUGUCUCGUUCCGUGCUUCUUUAAGUGGUUUCCAACAGGGUUGCCGUCCUCUUAUUUUCCUUGAUAGCAUUGCUUUAAAGUCAAAAUAUCAAGGAACAUUAUUGGCUGCUACAGCUGCAGAUGGAGAUGAUGGUUUUUUUCCUGUUGCUUUUUCCGUAGUAGAUACAGAAAGUGAUGAUAAUUGGGGCUGGUUUCUUUUACAAUUAAAAUCAGCGUUGUCAACGUCUUGUCCUAUAACGUUUGUGGCAGAUAGACAGAAGGGUUUAACUGUUUCAAUUGCUAGUAUAUUCAAGGGCUCGUUUCAUGGUUAUUGCCUUAGAUACUUGACAGAACAACUUAUUAGAGACUUGAAAGGACAAUUUUCUCAUGAGGUGAAGCGGCUCAUAGUUGAGGACUUCUAUGCUGCUGCUUAUGCACCUAAACCGGAAAAUUUUCAGAGGUGCGUCGAAAGCAUUAAAAGCAUAUCACUGGAGGCUUACAAUUGGAUCCUACAAAGUGAACCUCAGAAUUGGGCAAAUGCAUUCUUUGAGGGUGCUAGGUAUAACCACAUGACAUCAAACUUUGGAGAGAUGUUCUACAGCUGGGUAUCAGAAGCACAUGAAUUGCCCAUCACGCAGAUGGUUGAUGUGAUUAGGGUUAAGAUAAUGGAAUUGAUCUAUACACGGCGGGCAGGUUCUGACCAAUGGCUGACAAGGCUUACCCCAUCCAUGGAGGAAAAGUUGGAAAAGGAAGGCCAUAAGGUUCACAACCUUCAAGUGCUAAUAUCGGCGGGUAGCACAUUUGAAGUUCGAGGUGACUCAAUUGAAGUUGUUGAUAUUGAUCACUGGGAUUGUACGUGUAAAGGAUGGCAACUUACUGGAUUGCCAUGUAGUCAUGCAAUUGCAGUCCUUGGCUGUCUUGGCCGAAGCCCUUAUGAUUUUUGCUCCCGAUAUUUCACAACUGAAAGCUACAGACUCACAUAUUCAGAGUCGGUGCAUCCUGUUCCCCAAGUUGACUUACCUAUACAUAAAGGUUCUCUACAGGCCUCAGUUACUGUAACUCCUCCUCCUACACGUCGUCCACCUGGUCGACCUACAUCAAAGCGAUAUGGAUCCCCAGAGGUGAUGAAACGUCAACUCCAAUGCAGCAGAUGCAAGGGGCUCGGGCACAACAAGUCAACCUGCAAACAAUUACUGCAGAGUGUUUGAUUUUGAUUGUGAAAGACGAAGGGCCAUCCAAGAGCUCCAUUGUAUAAAGGACUAUGCUGAACCAUAUACUUUUACCUCUUCUUAUUUGCUUCCGUUGACUGAUUAGUGGAACCAGUCACCAGAUGUCGUAAAUGGUAGUCUCUUUCUCUCUCUCUCACAGUUGAUUUUUCCCUUUUAGCUGUGUUGCUAACUUAUGCUACAGCAAUAACAAUAAUUUUAGGAAACUAAUGAAAAUAGCAGGUUGUUUAACUGGCCUUACUGAAUGUGAAGUGUAGACAUGAAGCAAAUAUGUUGCAUUUAUUAUUUUUCUUUCUUUCUUUUUGGCUAAUCAAAUAUGUUGCAAUUUGUUGUCAUCA